AGAGACCUCUGUUACCGCUAGAAACAUGAUCUUCAGGCUGCUUUUGGCUCUCAACUUCUUUUCCUCAGUUCAAGCAACAGAAAACCAGAUUUUUGUGACGCAGUCACCUAUGCUUGUUGUGUACAACAAUGCAGUCAACCUUACCUGCACGUAUACUCACAACAUCUUCUCAAAGGAGUUCCGGGCAUCCCUCUAUAAGGGAGUGGAUAGUGCUGUGGAAGUCUGUGUUGUGAAUGGAAAUUACUCCCAUCCGUUUCGUCCUCACUCAAAUACAGGAUUCAACUGUGAUGUGAAAUUGGGCAAUGAAACAGUGACAUUCUACCUCUGGAAUUUGUAUGCUAAUCAAACGGAUAUUUACUUCUGCAAAAUUGAGGUUAUGUAUCCUCCUCCUUACAUAGAUAAUCAGAAGAGCAAUGGAACCAUUAUCCAUGUGAAAGAAACACAUCGUUGUCCAGUGGUCCCACCUCCUGCAUCUACUACAAUAUUUUGGACACUGGUGGUGGCUGUCGGACUCCUGUCUUUCUAUAGCUUUCUAGCAACAGUGGUUCUUAGUAUUUUCUGGAUAAAGAAUAAGAAUAAGAGAAUGCUUCAGAGUGACUACAUUAACAUGACCCGUAGGAGAAUGGUGCCUGCCCCCAAGUACUACCAGCCUUAUGCCCCAGCACGUGACUUUGCUGCCUACCGCUCCUGACAUGGACGCCUAUCCAGAUGCCAGCCGGCUGGCAUCUCUUCACCUGUUCCACAUCACUGCUCUGGAUAGGAAAUGACUGCCUGACUUCAGCCAGCCACCAAGUACCCUGUUAGGCCAGCAACGUCAAUUUUCUUGGAAUGACUAGACCAAUGAACACCAUUUUGAGACUCUGAAGCAAAGUUCAAGAAUAUUG